AUGAACGGCGAGGCCAACUUCCGCCCGUGGUCCUCGCUCGCCAACCAGGCCGCACUCGGUGGAGGCCGCGUCGACGCUGCUUUCCUCACAGAACCCGUCCCCUACGAAGACUUCGAGUACUCGACGGGCAUCGACUACCCUGCCUUCGCCGCACCGCCACCCCCACCGGGCAGCAGCAGCAGCACUACUGGCGCGAGCCACCUCUUCCGCCCCUUCUCGCCCUUCCACGCCCACACCGGCGCUUCCUCUCCUCGAUCCCGCACCGCGUCUUUCCCCGCCGCUCCUCCACCUCCGUCCGGCGGCGCACCCGAGCCCGCCCCGCUCUUCGACAGCACCGAGUCGGCCCUGUUCUCGUCGUUCCUGACGACCCUCGACGUCGACCCGGCCUUCCUCUUCAACCCGGUCCUCCCGCCGGGCAUGCCCAGCCCGCCGAGCACGAGUGCGGGCCCGUACGGCGGUGGAGCGAGCGAGCGCGACCGGCACGAGCGCGACUCGCUCGGGCGCGACGUCGGCGGCAUGCACCUCCGUGCGAGCACCACGAGCGCCGAGACGGGCUCGUCGACGACGAGCGCGGGCAGCACGCCGCGCAGCAGCUUUGGCGUCGUCGGCACGGCAGCUGCCCCUUACGGCGCGCACCUCCCGCCGGCGACGCUCACGGCGGGCCCUCCCCUCCCUCCUCCAACGACCCUCACCGCCGGCCCGCCGCCGCCACCACCGCUCUCGCUCCGCCUCCCGACCCCGCCUCGCGCGCCGAGCGACUCGAGCGAGCCUCGCGUCCAUGGCCGAGCGCGCGGCGUGACGGCGGCGCGGUACGCCGAGCUGGACGAGGACGACGACGAGGACGGGGCGGCGGCGGCGGCAGCGCGCGACUCGGAUUCGGAUUUCGAGCCGGCGCGAGAGCCAGGUGCUGCGUCGGGCUCGGCCUCGGGCGCGUCGGGCGCGGCGGCGAGCGCCGGCCUGCGCCGCAGGACGCGCACCUCGGGCGGCGCAGCGGCCGCGGCGACAGCGGCGACUGGCGGCGGCAGCAGGAGGGGCUCGAAGAAGGCGCGCGUGAGCGAGCCGGCACCGGCACCGGCGCACGAGGCGGGCGGCGACGUCGAGAUGGACGUGCUCGACGACGAGGCGGCGCUCGCGGCGGGUCUCGCGGCCGGCCGAGCCAAGCGCAGCGCGGCCAGUGCGCGCCGGAGCGGCGGCCGUGCGUCGCUCAGCCGCCUCCCUGAGCCCGUCGCCGACUACGGCGCCCUCGACGGCGGCGUCGAUGGGUCUUCGACGGGCGCAGCGUCGCACGCGCCCCCGACGGCCAGCACGAGCGCCGCCGCCGCCGCCGCCGCGCCCGCGCCGACUCGGUCGGGCAACGGCAAGCCCGUGACGCUCACCGAGUCGCAGAAGCGCAGCAACCACAUCCUGUCGGAGCAGAAGCGGCGCAACGCGAUCCGGAUCGGGUUCAAGGACCUCGUCGGGCUCCUCCUCGCGGGCGAGGCCGCGAGCGGCAUCGUGCUCGGGUCCGGGUCGGGCGCCGCCGGCGACGACGACGACGAGGGCGCGGCGUCGACGGCCAAGAAGCGCAAGAGCAAGGGGACGGGGAGCGGGCGCGGGAGGGGCAGGAGGGGCGACGUGUCGACCAACGCGAGCAAGAGCGUCGUCCUCACGCACGCGGCGAGCUACAUCCUGUGGCUCGAGCGCGGCAACAUGGCUCUCGAGCAGGAGGUGGCGCGGGUCGAGGCGCUGCUACGCGAGGCGUGAUCUGGCUCGUCUCCUC